AAACUCACAGGAAAAUGAAGUAAACGGAAGCAGAGAGGAAGAGGCGAAGCGAGAGGAUUUACGCCGCCCAAAAUCGGUUCUCGUGAGAUAUUUACAUUUACAUUUAAGUCAUUUAGCAGACGCUCUUAUCCAGAGCGACUUACAAAUAAGGUUUAGAAGUGUCGAAUUACGUGAGGCUUAUUCAAUCGAAUAUUAAGUUUCGUAAUAUUUAGGCUGUUCUAAAUGUACUGAUAUAAGCGGACGUGCGUGGAAUUCAGGCAACUGAGGAAAACGACUUAGUUGUAAAUAAUCUUUACGGAAAUGAAGUGUCCAAUAACAAUUUCCACGUUAGCGUUUCUAUUGUUAUUUAGGCGUGUAUUAACACCCAACUAAAAAUAUUACUCAUUUAACUGCAUAGAAUCACAUACUUAAUUCGCAUUGGAGACAGGACUUGGUUGAUGUUAUCUAGGUAACGCUAGCUAGCUGCUAAAAAUGGCUAACAGUAUGGUUUUUCACACUCAAAUAGCCUCCAUCGUGGAGGUGUUAGCGAAUGCAGCCGUGGCAGAGAUCUGUAAACUCGUAGACGACGACUAUGCAGUGUUUCGUUUGGAAAUAACUCAAAGCCAGAAAGAAAACAGGGCAUUGCGGAGGAAACUACUGGAACUGAAGGUGGCACGGGAGCGCGCAGAAAGGACAAUGCGAGAGCGCGUCCUCGCCAGUCGUCCAAGUAUCAAGAUCAUCGACCGAUACAGAGGAAUAGCAAGAGGUGAAGGACAUCUCACUGGAGGCCACAGGAGCUUUGUGAAGACAGCAGGACACAAUACAUUGAGAGAUGACCAACCAAUCACUGUUGAUGAGGGGAGUGGAACCUCAACCCAGCACAUUAUUGUGAUAGAGUCUGCAGAGGCUGCAGGUCCUGGGGUCAAGCAGGAGACAUCUGAAGGAGAGGAGAACCCACUGUACAACAGAGACCUCCAAACUGGAGCAGUUGGAGCGCCUCCUGUAGCCACGGACAAACCCACCACCGCCCCAGUGCAGCCCAAGACCCGACGCAGCAUCACGGAGGUCAGUGGAACGCUGAACACCGUCCUCAAGUCAGAGACAGACACAGAGACUUUAACUUUAACUGUAACACAAAGGCUUUUACACACAGGAUCUGACCAAAUGUCAGACCCAGAGAGAAUGGGGCUGGGGAGACAGGGCUGUCCUCCUGCUCCCGCCUCAGAGUACAUACUUUAUGGAAGCCCGAGGACGGUUCAUUCCCAUCCGGACUCAGGUGACGCGUCAGAGACUGGUAAUGAUCCUUCUUGUUCUUAUAUUUCAGAGAUGGACCCUAGCGAAAUGCCCUUGGGUUUAAAGGCACAGACUGAUCUGUCUAGACGGGACUGGAACCGGUGCAGUAGAAGUGUAUACUCUGAAGGGUGCCUAUAUGAGCCAGGGGAGGGUAUGGCGGUAGAUGACGUGACUGUGAAAGUGGAGGGUGACAUUCCUCCCACAUGGAAUGCAGAUAGUCACCUAGGAGAUGGACACUCACAGGGCAGAGAUUUCUUAGAUUACAGGGAAAGCUUGGAGACCAAUCCAAAUGUCGCUGCCCACUACCCUUUACACACGCUCAGGGAUCGUGACCCAUUGUCCACGUCGAUGGGGCCUUCUGAUUCACAUGGCAGCGUCCUUUUCGAUCAGGUAUUGAACUCAAACGACAGGACUAGAGCCCAGGCUCAGAGAGGGGAAGCUACAUCAGGCAAUAGUAAAGAUAAACGGUUCCCCUGCAUGUUCUGUAACAAAGGCUUCAGCUGCCCCCAGAAGGUGGAGAUCCACCAGAGGGUCCACACAGGGGAGAAACCCUACAGCUGUGCCCAGUGUCACAUGCGCUUCACCCAGGCUGGCAACCUGAAGAGGCACCAGAGGGUGCACACUGGGGAGAAACCCUACAGCUGUACCCAGUGCCACAUGUGCUUUGCCCAGACUGGUCACCUGAAGAUGCACCUGAAGGUCCACAUGGGAGAGAGGCCGUUCACUUGUACGCACUCUGGGAAGAGGUUCUCAGAGAGAAGCUACCUCAGGAUACACCAGCAGAAAAAACACUCCACUUUGAUAGCUUCUGACGUUUAGAUCAAACCCUGGAUUUUCAGCAGAAAAGCUCCACUUGGAAUGACAAGAUUAACAGAUUUCGGUGUGGAAUAUUCCUGGGUAGAGUGUUGCAUCCAGACAUUGGCAUAUUUAAGCCUACAAAUCUGUUACAUAUUGUGUUUGUACUGUGUUGGCUAUAUGAUGUUCACAAAUGCCUAUUUCAAUACUUCCAUUCAACUACUUACUUUUUUCCACAAGACACUUUUUUUUAUUUUUUUUUAUUUUUAUAAAUGUUUAUCCCAUUUUCUCCCCAAUUUUCGUGGUAUCCAAUCGCUAGUAAUUACUACCUUGUCUCAUCGCUACAACUCCCGUACGGGCACGGGAGAGACGAAGGUCGAAAGCCAUGCGUCCUCCGAAGCACAACCCAACCAGCCGUACUGCUUCUUAACACAGCGCGCCUCCAACCCGGAAGCCAGCCGCACCAAUGUGUCGGAGGAAACACCGUGUACCUGGCCCCCCUUGGUUGGCGCGCACUGCGCCCGGCCCGCCACAGGAGUCGCUGGAGCGCGAUGAGACAAGGAUAUCCCUACCGGCCAAACCCUCCCUACCCCGGACGACGCUAUGCCAAUUGUGCGUCGCCCCACGGACCUCCCGGUCGCGGCCGGCUGCGACAGAGCCUGGGCGCGAACCCAGAGACUCUGGUGGCGCAGUUAGCACUGCGAUGCAGUGCCCUAGACCACUGCGCCACCCGGGAGGCCCUCCCAAGACACUUUUAAUGAGAAAAUGAAUGCAGUUUAUCAAGUUCAUGCCUAAGUUUUGUAUAUGUGUGGUUUUCGUAUGGUGUAUUUAACAGUUUUGUUUAAUAAACACAAAAUGGGACUUUUCAUUCUAAGACUUUCAUUGAGACUCUUUAGUAUACGUCACAUCUUAUCUGUAUACACCUGACAGCGCUUUAUAACCAUAUACUUACUAAAUAUACCCAUACCCUUACGAAUAGCUACUGUAGACUUCUACAUAGUUUAGUCAGGUUUCUCUAAUGAUGACUUUUGACUUAUCAUAGCUAACUUGUAUUUUCCCACAUCUUAUUUAUGUCCACCAUGAUGGGUUUAACAACAAUGAAGUCAUUCUAUAA